CGGUCCCUUUGCCCCUCCUCUUUGAUGUUCUGACAUCAUUAGUCCAGCCCCCCCUAAGAUCUCCUCACGUCCCUCGGAGUCCGUCACUUCUACUCUGGAAUGUUUACAGGAGCUCCAUGAGCAGCAUCAGGACCGAGCGUUUGUCAGGGGGCAGAAAAUAGACAUGCUUUGAGGAAACUUUUGGAUCAGGGAUCACAGCGGAUGCCACAGGUGUAGCCGCCGGGCCUCGACAGAGUAAUGGCUGUUCAGACUGCGAUCAUGAACCCUCAGUUCAUGAAUUUCUGCUUCCCGGGUUCAGUGGAGUACGACGUGGAGAAGAGUCUGGACGGGGGUCUCCUGGGUGAGGCAGAAAAUGACGAAGACUACAAAGAGACCACCAGGGACCUGCUGAGCUUCAUAGACUCGGCCUCCAGCAAUAUCAAGCUGGCUCUGGACAAGCCAGUGAAAUCCAAAAGGAAAGUCAACCACCGGAAGUAUCUGCAGAAGCAGAUCAAGAGGUGCACCGGCAUCAUAACACCAGGGAACGCUGCUGAAGCCCCAGUGAAACGACAGGGGUCCCCUCUGGCUCAGCCGAGUCCUUUGCACAGCAAAACUCUGCCUAAACGCGAUGGAGUCCAGGCCAACUUACAGAGCAAGAGCUUGGCUGCGCUCUUUAGCCCUGUGAAGGAUAUAAGGGGUGAAAAGGCCAAGAAGCCGCCCCUGAGGCAUCGCAACCUGCCCCCCUCUUUCUUCACCGAGCCGGCCAACUGCUCCAAAGUCAGCUCCACGUCUGGGAUGACGCUGAAGGACUUGGAGCGAGGAAACCCGGAGGCCGCGGAUUUCUUUGAGCUCUUGGGGCCCGAUUACAGCAACAUGGUCAGUGAACAGGACCUUUAUCAGAACAUGCAUCUGCGGGUGCAGCCGGAGAUGGGAGGCCUGGAUCCUGCCUCGUACGACGCUCACCAUUUGGUCGGUGGUCUCCUCUACUCGGAGCCCUGGACUAGCUGCUCUGGACCCUCUAAGAAAGCCGGGGAGAGCCUGCGGACAGGCCCGGCCCAGCCCCCCGUCUACUGUCAGUCCGAGGCUGCCACCACGGGGCCCCUGGAGGACAACGCACUGUGCACUUUGGCCUUCCCCAACUUCUUCACAGACUGCUCCAUACCUCAGGUCACUUACGAUUUAAGUGGUGGUUAUAACAGAGCUAAUUAUUCGUCUCUAUGAGAAAACUGACAAUUCUGUGGUUAGAAGUGUGACAAGUUUAACAGUAGAGAGUUUUGAUGUCGUCCCUGCUCAGCAGAAUUGUGUGUCCCUCAGAAAAACAUGUUUUUCUUUUACUUUUCUUUAAAAUGACUUGGUGCCAUGUACUUUUCAAUACGCCACUUUCAUUUUCUACAUGGUUUCACUAAGUGGAUGUGAUUUUUCUUUAUCUCAGGCAACUUCAAGUGACACUCUGAAUGAAAACACAUCUGAAGCUGGGUAUGUUUUCAAAUAUGUGGCGCUUAUGCAUUUGGAAAUGUGUUGACAAGACAUUUCAUUACAUUUUGGUAUUUAAGACAAUAAGAAAUCAGACACAAGCUGCAGAAGUAGUUGUUGGUUUAGUUCACUAAGCAUCUGUUAUGUUAGGAAAUUAUAUUAUAGAAACAGUUUGUCACAUUUUGAUAAGAAAUAUGCUGCAACAAUCUCUCAGCGAGGCACUUUUUUCAGUCCUAUUAGUAACAAAUCGGUGCAGAGACGUAAACGGGGAAAUCCAUUCUGUGGAGAUUAUGAUUACAACAGUGUUUGAUGCAUUUACAGCUCAGAAGUGAUUUUCAGAUGCACAUUUACUACUUGUAUGCAUGUGUUUGUUGGUUUUCGUUUGGGAAAAGCCUUUAAUGUAUCUAGUUAUUGUAAGAAGAAGAAAAAAUAAAGCUGGUCUUUAUUCCUGUGAA